AUGCGCGAGGUGGACCAGGAUGCCACCGGCAGCUUGGAUUUUGAGCACUUCUUAAAGCUCAUGGGGCUCUUCCGUGGCUUCAAGGACAAGGAACGAUCGAGGAAAGAGCAGCAGGCCACCAAGGAGGCUGGCUUUACGAACCAGGAGGUUGCUGAGUUUCGUGAGCUCUUCCUGAACUCGCUUGGUGCUGACUCGCAAGAUCUGGGCUUCGAAGAGUUCCGAGCCAUGAUCCAUGGCAUCACUCCUUUGGGUGAUGCUCUCACAACAGAGCUGGAGGAGAUCUUUGCUGAGGUCUGCAAGAAGCAGACCGAGGCCGACUUCCCCGACUUCUUGCUGCUUCUGAGGAAGCUGCUGGACUGCAACUUUGCAUCCAUCAAGGACAAAACAAGCGGACCUCAAAGAAGGUGA